UAGAACCACCUCGAGAGGAAUUCCGAGGUUCAUGAAGGAAUCCCUAGCAAAUCCGGCCUCAGAAUUACCAUGGCGAACCUAGCCUUGCUUUCCAAGACCAACGCAUGGAAGCGCGAAAUCCCGCCGAGCUACUAAGCAGCCGUGUCGUCGCUUGCGAGGCGCAUGCCGGGUGCAGCACAGCCCAGCUAAGGUGCUCCCUUUCAUCUGCCCAGCUGUUAGCGUAGCUUCCCGUAUCAGAGCGCAGUGGAUCCCGUUCACUGCAGUCACGUGCGCUAUAGCCACGUUUUCCCUCGAGAAGCUGCGACGGUUAGAAAGCCCAGAGUGCAGCGCUACGACCGCUGAAGUGCAGUGAGACGACAUUUACUUCCGACGUACAUUUUUAGUACUUACUAGCGCUUUGUAAUCUGCACUAAACUCGGAGUGCGGGCUCGAGUGGUCCAUGCCGGAGAACAUGGCGAGUGGCGGCAAGCUGUCCACGUCAGACGCGACGUACCAGCUGCUGCUGAAAUGCGCCAAACACGGACGAGGCAGGGCUGUGGCGCUCGCGGGCUUGGCGGCGCAGAGGGAGCAGCAGCAGGCGCAGGAGCGGGCUGAGGAGAGGAAGCGACGGCAGGAGAAGGAGAGAAAAGAGCGGGAGAGGGAAGAAAGGACGGCGAGAGAACAGGGGAAAGCGGAAGGGGGGAAAGUUCAAACGAAUGCGGCGAGCGCUCCGCAGCUGAAACGGCCGAUAUCGCGCCAGCUGUUCGGCGACGAUCUAGAUAGUGAUGUAUGGCGGCCGGGCUUUGCAGGCAGAUCGAAGCAGCAGCAGCAGCAGCAGCAGUUGCAGCAGCAGCAGCAGCAGCCGCUGCCGAAGAGCCGGCUGCAGCUGGAUGCUGACGUGGAGUGCAGCAGACGAAGGAGCGGUCUGACCGGAGCUGAUGUCCGACCAGCGAAGGUGCAACGGAGUUACGUGUUGCAGCAGGUGGGGCAGCAGCGAGUGCAGGCAGAGCAGACACGAGGCGAGGAGAGGGGACGAGCGACUGGAUCAAAGGACCAAACAGAGGGCAUUCAGCAGAGAGGGCAGGGGCAAAAGCAGGCGGGGCCGGGGCAUGUCGAGGCGCCCCAGAACGCCCAGAAGGCGGAUGUCGCGCGUGGGACACGGGGGAAUGCAUGCUUAGCAGAAGAGAGCUGCAAGGCGGGCGGAGGGGACGAGAAGGGGCAGGAAGCAGGUGGGGCAGUGGCGGCUGCUGCUGCAGCCCAUGCUGUUGCCGCUUCGUCUGCAGCAAAGAGGCAUGCUGCAGUGGGAGGGAAUGUGGCAAACCCUGAGGCGGAUGUCCGCCCGCUCAGAACUCCACAGUCAAGGAUUGGUCUACUCAACAGCACAUUCGGUGCGGUCAACAUGUGCUACGUCAACGCCACACUGCAAGCCUUCGCCUCGCUCCCCCCGUUCCUCUCGCACCUCCUGCACCUCCCCCUCCCAUCCCCUCUCGCGCGCUCCUCCUCCCUCCGCGUCCCCGUCACCACUGAGCUUCAGCGGCUGACGUGGCAGCUCCUGGGCCUGCCACGUGGCACUGGCAGCAGCAGUGGCACCAGCGUGGGGAAUAUGAGCACCACGGAGAGCGGUAGACUGGGUGACGUGGCUAGAGUGGUGGAUGACGUGGCAGAUGCGAGGGCUGUUAAAAGAGCAGUGGGGCGAAGUGCUGGCAUCUUUUUGGGCCAGGAGCAACAGGACGCCCACGAGUUCCUCUGCUCGCUGCUGGACUGCCUUCGCUGUGAAGCCACCACCAUCGCUGCCGCUGCCGCCUCUCCCGCCCACGCCCAUGCUCCCACCCUGGGGGACGGAAGGGCGGCAGUGGGUAGGGAGGGAGGAGGCGAGGAAGGAGGGCUGAGAGACAAGGGAGGGAAGGGCGAAGAGAGGAUAGAGAAGGGAGGAGAGGGAAAGGCGAGGGUGGAGGAGGCUAGAGCUGGGGACGGGAGUGGGUGUGUGGUGGGCAGCAAUUUUCUCUCCGCGGUGGGGGUGGUGAGGGAGUGUGUGGAGUGUGGAGGGAGAGAAAUGGCUGAGGAGGAGUUCCUCUGUCUCUCACUCCCGAUCCCCUCCUCUUACCCCAUGUGCUCUGAAACUCACACUACCACUGCUAGCACUGCUGCUACUGCUGCAGCUGCUGCUGCUACUACUGCUGGCACAUCUGCUGCUGCUGGUGCAAGCAGCAACGGGGGCAACAGAGAAGGCAGUGGUGACGGAGGUGGUUCUUCAGCCCAGCUCAGCUGCCAUCCUCUCUCCACCCUGCUGCAGCACUACUUCCAGGACGAGACGGUCCAAGGCAGGACAUGCGCCCACUGUCACCGCUCUGCAACGUGCCGCAUCUCCCGAACCAUCCUCCGCCUGCCCCGCACCCUGCUCCUCCACCUCAACCGAUUCCAAACCACCUUCCUGCCCUCUCCCUCCCACGACAAACUCCAAGACACCACCACAUGCCUCCCCUCUCCCUCCCCCUCCCUUGAGAAACCUCAAGAUAGCCCCCCCUUCCCACCAACUCCGUUGCCUGAAGCACCUCAAACUACACCCGCCUCCCCUCACCUUCCCUCUGACACUCCUCACAACACGGCCCCUCCAGCACACAACACGCUCCCCUCCAACCCCUUUGCGACCCCUACAAGCCCUGCUACUCCGUCUCUCAACGCGCCUCAAGUCACGACACCCCCGUCCUCCUCCUCCUCUCCUCCUUCUGCUCCUCUGCCUGCCUCUAAGGCUUCUCCAGUCAAUCCCUUCUCCCUGGCAAAGGCGGCAGCUAGGCAGGUGGUAGCCAGGGAGGUUGUGCAUAGGCAGGUGGUAUCUAAGGGGGCGGGUUGUGGGCUAAAAGGAGGGGGUAGGCUCAUGAGAUGUGUGAGGGAGGGAGGCAGAGAUGGGGGGAGAAUGGAGGGUGGAGGAAGAGCGGAGGGAGAGUUGGCUGAGAUGAGGGAGAUGGAGAAAGAGAGGAAGGAGGAAGAGGAAGAGGAGGGGCAAGACGAGGAGGGUGUGGUACAGGAGUGUGAGGAGGUGGAGGAGGAUUGGGCAGAGCUUUUGGAAGGAGCAGCUGGUGUGAUGGGUGAUGGGGAAGGGGAAGGGGAUGCGAUGGAUGAUGGUUCAGUGCGGCUGGAGAUGAAUGGUGGGAGGGCAUGUAGCACCACAGUGGGUGCUGGUGGUGGGACGGACCGAGGUGCAGGCAUCGUGGAUGGUGGUGCUGGAAUUGAGGCGAGCAGAGGGCGGUUUGUGUGUCGGAAGAACAUGGACCGGGUGGAGAUAGCCAUUUUACUGGAUGUGGGUCCCUUUUGUGCAGCAGUGAUGCGAGAGACUAACUUCCAUAAAAACGAGCCACGUGACAGCUUCCGAUUCGCCCUGCGGGCUGUGGUGCGGCACACGGGGACCUCCGUGGCGCACGGUCAUUACAUCGCUGAUGUGGCGGAUGACAGCUUGUCACCGCCUGGUUGGACGCAAGUCGAUGAUGGUGAUGUGAUCAGAAAUGUACCAGAAGCUGUCAUUACAGGCCCUCGAUCCCAGGCAGAGGCCUACAUGCUCUUUUAUGUACAAACAGAUGCAUAACUAGGUGUUGUGAACAUCAUAUUGCAUAAAGACCACACUCAAUAUAAAGUGCAUUUCAUGUUCCUAUGUGCAACAUGUACCCAUCAAAGCUCUUGGU